GCGUUCUCUACCAGCUCAGCAGGAACCACCUGGUAAAGAUGGAGCCACAGAGUCAGGAAGCUGACCUCAAGCCGAUUUAUCACUGGUUGCUGAGUCCGCUGUCGCUCUUCCCCAGCAAGGCGAAGCCUCCAGAGCCUCCGAAGCGCACCUAUCAAGAUGCCACGGCUUUGCAAUCCAUCCCGCUGGUGAAGCUGAAAGUGGGGCCGCUGUGCCGCCAGGUGUCCAAGCGGCUAGCAAGCAGCGGGCGGGCAGCACGGGUAACUGCCAAGGACCGACUUCGUCUCACCGAGGUUAUCCUAGAGGAGCUGAAGUGCAACUGGCGAGAACCUCCUAUAGAACCCAUUCUGAACUACGAAAACAACCAGAAGCUGCGGAAGCGGCUGGAGUCUUACGUGCUGAUCUGUAGUGAGCAGCUCUUCGUACGCUACCUGCAUCUGCUGGUGACCCUGCCGACCUCUAGAAGGGUCUUCACUGAAUCAGCCACCCUCAGCCGGUUGGCAGUCAACCUUGCCAGGGAUUGCACAGUCUUCCUCACCAGUCCCGAUGUCUAUCGCUACCUGCUGGCUGAUUUUCAGACCCUGCUGAAUUUAAAGCAUACCCAGGGAGGCAUAGUCAAGGUGCGUCCCCCCACCUGUCCCCCUGGGACUUUCAAGCUCUGUCCAAUCCCCUGGCCUCACAGCACUGGCUUGGACCAAGUGCCAUGCUCUAGCCUCAACCUGAACUACCUUGUCCAACUCAGCCGCCCAUAUGAUUUUCCCAGUGAGCCGGAACCUGAUCCAGUGAAAGAGUUGAAAUCCAUCCCCCAGCUGAAGAGUAGACAGCAGCUCCUCUGGAUGCCCGCCAUGAUAAAGGAAAGAGAAAUUGAAGCGAGAGCCUCACAGACGGUACCACUGCCUACCCAUCAUCCUCUCAGCAGUGAGAUUCCCCACUUCCCCACCUCACCAGUCCAUUCCUGGCUCCAAAGGGGCCAGUCCAUGCCCUGUCUUCGUGAAGGGUGGAGUCUGGCAGAUGAGUUGGGCCUUCUUCCUCUCCCCCCUCAUCCCCAAACCCCACUGAUCUUGGCUUCAGAGAGUAAACCACUGCCAUUCCGGGACAUAGUGGCUGAGGAUCUGAAGCAGAAGAUGAAGAUCAUGACAAUGGAGUGGAGUCGCUACUCUCUGCUGGACUCCGGCCUGCCCCCCCUCCUCGGCGUCCUUACUCGGCGCCUAACUGCCCAGCACCACAUGGAGGAACUGCAGCAAAUGCUGAAGAGCCUGCAGGAGGAAGAAGCCUCUGGUAAGUGGGAUCUCCAACCACCACGAAUCACUCCACUUCACCCACAGCCAGUCACUGUUACUUUGAAGGUACAGGAACAAGUCAUAGUGCAGGUAGCUACUGUGCAACUCUCUGAAAGAUGUUUUUCUGACUCUUUCCACGUCGAGGGGGCUGGAGUCCUAUACAACCAUCUGACUGGGGAACUGGAUUGUAAAGCCAUUAAAGAAAUGGAUGCUGAUCGUCUUGUUGGGAACACCACCAAAGAGGUAUACAAAGAAUUGAUGAGCAGAGUCUCUACUAGUCAUUUCUCUUUUGAGGAAGGACCCCAAGUUGAGCCUUCAGCAGAAAAAGAUUGGUCCUCCUACUUGGCCUCAUCUUUUUUACACCAUGAUAAAAUUAUGCCAACCAUCAACCAUAGUCUGCUUGGAACAACUAGAAGAGCAAGCGCUCAACAGCUGUUCCCUGAGAAGAUGCCUUCUCUCACAUUAUUCCAAAGGCACAAAAGCUGGGACAAGCGACCAAACAAGGGUAUAUGGAUGAACUGGAUGAAACCCUCUGUGUCUUCGGAAGACUACUUCAAGUACCUUGCCUCUCAGGAGUCGGAUUUCCUCCAUGUCAUCUUCCAAAUGUAUGAAGAAGAAGCUCCUGUGGAGAUAUCAGUCCCUGUCCAAGAGUCCCUAGAGAUUCAGAACCUCCCUCCCAUGCAGCAAGAUGAAGACGUAAAAUUUGUACCAGGAGAAUGGGAUUGGAGCUCAGUGAUACAGGAUGGCUCAGGACCUGGGAAAGACCACAUCUACAACCUGCAGCAGCGUCUAGAACGACUAUGGGUCAUGUUGGAAGUCCCUGAACAGAGUCGGCUAGACAUGGUCAUUAAGUACAGCUCCAAUGCACGCCUGCAGCAGCUACCAGCAUUGAUCAGGGCUUGGGAGCGGGUCCUGAAGCCCAUUCAAAAGCGAGAGUUGUUGCUAGGGAGGCUGGAGUGGUUUGAGCGACAAGCCUCCGACCCCAAUCGCUUCUUCCAAAAGCCUGAUUUGUUGGUGAAUCGAUUCCUGGAGGAGAAUCGGUUCCGUAGCUAUCUCCAAAGGAAGCUUAAUCGAAUGGAAUCUUCUUUGAUUUCCCUACUGGAAAAGAUAGAGUCAGUCUUUGGGGAGCCAGUGACCUUCAAGGGGCGGAGCUAUCUGAAGAAGAUGAAGCAGGACAAAGUGGAGAUGCUCUACUGGCUCCAGCAGCAGCGGCGGAUUCGCAAUCUGAUCCGGGCCCAGAAAACCUUCCGCCAAUCGUCCAUGUUCACACGGAGCAGCAGCCAGGCUUUAAUAGCCCCUGGGAAUACUCCCACUACUCGAUAAGGGGGCCAAGUGCCCCAAAACCCUUCCUCACCCCCAAAUGCUCACAUAGACCUCUCAAUGGCUUUGGAAGAAAUAUAGAUUAUCUUCGCAAGA